AUGUGGGAUGAGAUAAAGAAAAACACGGAAAUUAAUCUGGAUUUAUUUCUCGAGAUUCUGGAAUUUUGCAUCGAUGCCAGUUUCUUUGUUUUCCGUGGAAAGUUUUUCCACCAACUAUCGGGAACUGCAAUGGGCUGCCCUUUGUCACCUAUUCUGGCCGACAUAGUGAUGAACAACAUUAUUACCAAAGCAGCGCAGGCAGCAGGCAUUCCCACCCAUCACAUUAGAAAGUAUGUUGAUGACCGUUUCGUGCUGAUCCACAGGGACAGAGUACAAGAAGUUCUCGACAUCUUUAAUCUGCAGGAUGAAAACAUACGUUUCACUUGUAAAGUGGAGGAGAAUGGUAGACUACCGUACCUGGAUAUUCUGCUAAUUAGAACCGACGACGGAAGGAUCCAAACGGAUUGGUAUGCCAAGCCGAUGGCAUCAGGCAGAAUGCUUAAUUAUUUCUCGUUCCAUCCAAUGGCUCAAAAAAUCGGGGUUGUCUUCAAUUUCAUUGACCGGGUUCGAACGUUGAGCACCUUUCGCACGGAGGACGAGAAGAAACAGAUUAUAACUAAAAUCCUACUAAGUAACAACUAUCCACUGCGGCUUAUCAACAGAAUGCUUCGCCACGGCCGCCCUCCAGAAAUAACAGAAACAACUAGCAAGCCAGACUGUUAUCGAUCGUUGGUACAUAUACUAGGUCUCACACCUAUGAUAAAACGCACACUAAAAAUCAACAUGCCUUCGGUGGGAAUGCUUGCAGCAGCGAUCACACAGUCAGGAAAAAGUAAUGCCGUGUACCGAAUUGCAUGUAUUGACUGCGAGAAAUGCUUCAUCGGUAUGACCAAAAAUCAGCUGCGAACGAGAAUGUACGGCCACCAGUCGUUAGUGAACACUCUCGAUCGGCACCUAUCGACUGGUCACGAAUACUCUGAUCCACUGAUACAGCAGCUCAGAGAGAAAUCUGCUCUGUUUGAGCACGCUAUAGAUCAACAACACCGUUUUGAUAUAAACAAUCCAUCGAUAGUCGAUACCAGUUUCAAAACACAGGCGCUGCCGGUAUUGGAGAUGUGCCACAUAUACACCACUCCUGAUACGGUCAAUCGACGUACGGACACUGAUGGCAUCAGCGCUACAUAUAGCUAUCUGCUUAUAAGUGUAGCGAAUCUGAGAGUGGAGCGACCAACAGCAACCCAGUCAGCACCAGAGCGACACCAACGAAGCAUUUGA